UGUUCUCCAUACAGUAGUUUGUAGUUUGUAGUGUGAGAGGGAGAGAGAGAGAGAGAGAGAAAAAAAGGGAGGGCUCAUCAAAUCUAUGAGAGUAUCAUUUGUCUCUAGGAGUUUUCUCGAUCGCUCACGCCACUGAUACGCCACACACUUCUCCGCCCAAAGGAAGAUUACUGCGACACACACACACACCCACCAGUGAGUUCUAGAGCGAGUGUGAGCGGUGUGGCUGGAAAGAGGAGGCCGCAAGCGUGGCGCACACAUGAAACGAUCGAUCAUCACGCAUUUGUUGUGAUAACUGAUUGAUUCCUUCGCUUUCGCCUCCAAUUCGCCGUAACCCCCCCUCUCUCUCUCUCUCAUUUGUUUUGCUCUUGGCUCUUUCGGUACAAUUGCAAACCGCCACCAAGCUGGUGUUUUCUUCUUCGUCGUCGUCGUCCUCUUCUUCCUUCGCUCGUUUCCCAUCUCUUGAUCUUCCAGCGAUCUCUUUCGCUUUACGAUCUUUCCAGAUCUCACCAUCUAGUGUUUUUGUUGUAGUUCUUCUUUUGCUCUAGUUGCUAGCAUCCAAAUUGAGUGAUCGUGCGCGAGCCAUCGCUCGCAGCGAGAGUCGGCCAAGACCAUGGUUUGGAGCAGAUCGAUGCUGGACGCGGUUCUUGUACCCGUCGCGAUCCUCAUCAUCGUCGCCUAUCACAUUUUUCUCCUGUACAAGAUCAGAAAGGACCCGCUCCAGACCGUGAUCGGCAUCAACAACAUCGCCAAACGCGCCUGGGUGCGCAGUAUCAUGAAGGACAUGGACAAGAAGAAUAUCCUUGCCGUCCAGACGCUGCGAAACUCCAUCAUGGCCUCGACGCUCAUGGCGUCCACCGCGAUCCUCCUCACCUCGGGCGUCGCCGCCUUCCUUAGCAGCAACUAUUCCGUCAAGCGCCCGCUCGAGAGCGCCGUCUAUGGCGCCAGGGACGAUUUCUCCGUCGCCGUGAAGUUCCUCUCGCUGCUCGCAUGCUUCCUCUUCUCCUUCCUUUGCUACAUGCAAUCCAUCCGCUUCGUCAACAACGUGAACUACCUCAUCAACGUCCCACCCUCGUACGGGUCCCCGCUGAUCACGCCGGAGUUCGUGGGCGAUGUUCUCGUACGGGGUUUUGCGUUCUACAGCAUCGGGACGAGGGCGUUUUACGUGGCGUUCCCGCUGCUGCUGUGGAUCUAUGGCCCGAUCCCGGUGCUGCUCUGCUCGAUCGCGCUCGUCCCAGUGCUCUACCAUCUGGAUGUUAGUGGGGAUGUGGUGGGAGCUGUUCGUGAUGUGGACGAGAAGCCUGUGAAUCAACAGUUCAUGGUGUGAUUGAAUGAUAUCUGUGGCAAUGGUUUUAGGCCAAGUGGGGAAUUGGAUCUGGAUCUUCUGGAUGGAUCGAGGGAUACGGUUUUUGAUGCUUAUGUUUGUUCCUGUCCAACUGAGAGGGGAGAACACAGUAAAAUUAAUUAUGACCAGGGAAUGAAAUAGGACUGGGAACAUUAUCUACGUCAUGUUCGCUACUGUCAAGACACUUUGAUAUGAUAUCGAUUCUAGACACCAUAUAUUGGCACACUUUCUAGUGUUUGGAAUAUGGGACUUGGAAUUUGUUGAGCA